AGGCUUUGAGAGCCAAAUUCUUGCGCCGAGGUAACUUCGAGUCCCAGGACUCGAUUCUGCUCACAGAGCCCAUGUUUGCGCGGGCAAUGACGGCUAUCGGUGUAACAGACGCGCAUCGAGUGAAGCACUACUUCAAACUGUUCGAUAGAGAUGGCAACGGAGAGAUCGAUUUUAGGGAACUUGUUUCGGGACUGAAUGUUCUGCUCAGAGGAAAAACUGCCGAAUUUGCCGAGUCCGAGUUCUCUCUUUGGGACUUAGAUGGCAAUGGG